GAGGCGGCGGCCAUUUUGGCUCUCCGCUGACAGGGGCAGGCGAGCGGGAAAGAGGGCGCCGGCCGUGCCUGGCCCUAGCGCUUCUACCCUCGCCUUCCUCGGGCCGCCGGGCUCGGCUCCUCGCGCCUCGCCAUGUCGGACACGCGUGGCGGCAAUGACAGCCGUCCCGACGAGACCGGCGUCGAGAAACAGGACACGCAGGAAAAGGAAACGGGCAUCCCCGAGAAAGAAGAGGAGGCCAAAUUAAAAGCCAAAUAUCCCAACAUAGGACUACAGAAGCCCGGAGGUUCUGACUUCUUAAUGAAGAGGCUGCAGAAAGGGCAAAAGUACUUUGACUCCGGAGAUUACAACAUGGCCAAAGCCAAAAUCAAGAACAAGCAGCUGCCAACAGCGGGUACCGACAAGAACCUGGUGACCGGUGACCACAUCCCCACGCCCCAGGAUCUCCCCCAGAGAAAAUCGUCCCUCGUCACCAGCAAGCUGGCAGGGUAACCUGCUCUCCUGAAGGGAUUUCUCUCUCUCUUUCUCUCUCUCUCUCUCUCUCUCUUCCAUUUGGGGGUUUGGGGAAUUGGGUUGGUUGUUUUUAUUUUCUCCGUUGUCAGACUGAACUGAACUCUGCUGUACCCCAGAGCUGGGACGCACAGAACCUCCACUGUGGUGGGUCUCUCUCUAGUAAUCAAAGCCAGAAGCCAAGACAUGGACUUGUGUGCCGUUCUGGUGUGUGUUUUCUUGCUGCUGCGGGUGGGCAGGCUGUGCGGCAUGGAUUCUCUGGGGGUGGGGCCGACACCCGCUUUGCUUUAGAUCGCCAACGCUCUGUCCUGUCCGUUCAUCCUUCAUCGCUGGCUCCGGAAGGGGCAGGAAGGCUACAAAGGGGAGCCGAAAGAGGCCGGUGCGGAGUCAAAAUGGUGGCUCCGUGCCGUUAGGACGACGAGACCCAUCCGCAACAACCACGGGCUGCACGGCCUCCAGCGAUCCGAAACGCCCACGAGCCGCCUCACCUUGAGGGAAGAGGGCUUUGCGGGCAGAAUCUCAACAACUCGGGGUUGUGCUUCCCCUUCUAGAAAGCCGGUUGAGGGAGAGGCAGGGCCCUUCCAAGGCCCUGGAGAAGCUGUUUAGCAGGGCUCGGA